AUGGCCGAACCACAGUCUCCGUUGCGGAGCGAUGCCACAAAGACUCCAACCAAACCUCGAAGCAAUCCAAGACCGUCCUUCAAGGUUGGCGGCUACUCGCAGCGAGAUAUUCAAACUCCACCUUCUCAUGCUGCACAACCCAGAGCCAACUUUGAGAAAACCAUCAGCUUUAGUGGAAGACGUAUGAUUCACACCCCAAUUCCUUCCACUAAAACGGCGAGUCCACAGCCUCCCAACAUUAAUCCCUCUGAACCACCACCGCAGUCGUCAGAUGCCCCCCUUUUCGUCCACCAGACUCCAGCAGAUAUCUUAAAUGCUGAGGUGAUCCCACCAAGCAAGAAACGCAAAUGUGAACAGAAGCGAGCCGUUGCUCGCUCCACGAAAAAGAGAACAACAACCGUUCUCAGACCGAGUCGGCCCCUUAAGAUAUCAGACCAAGUGAAUGGUGACGUUUGGCAUCUCAUUCUCGGUUACUGCGAGCCCAAACAACUUCUCGAGGCCAAGUUGAUCAGCAAAGACUUCAACACUCGCCUCAAUAAACACAGCACGAUUUGGAGAAAGAGCAGACUAGACCACUUUGGAAAAGAUAUUCCCGAGUGCCCAACGGGCUUGACCGAGCAGCAAUAUGUCUAUCUCCUUGUUGGUCGUGGAUGUCAAAAUCCCAAUUGCCCACGCGAUCAGACCGUGAGAGUCGCAUGGGUCUUUCAGCUGCGCCUCUGCGCCGAUUGUUUCAAGCAAAAAACCAUCAGGGUCGAAGAUCUCCUCGAGCAUCGUCGGCACUUCAUCAACCCGGACCCGAACCAGCCAGCGGACCCCUCGCCUCUUUGGGGAAGCUUGCUAUCGGACCUGCUUCCGCAAGCUAGAACUGACGGUCGACGUUAUGGUGGCCCGCGCGUCGUUGAUGUGUCUAGAAACAUGUGGACCCAAGACGUCUGGCGCCAGUAUGUGUUUCUUGAAUCCGCCUAUACGAAGCUCGAAACCGAGUACCUCGCUCUACGGCAAACGAAUCCUACAAACACCGUGGUCAAAGAAUGGCUAGAGAGAACUUAUGAAAAAGUCAUGGCAUUCAUGAAGGAAGCAGCCGAACUUGAGAAGUGGAAUGCAACGCAAUCCCAGGACAAACCAGAUUACUAUCAAAUUCGCGGCGACUUUUUCGAAGAACGUGCUGCUGCAUUGAAUCCGCCUAUUGAGCACGAUGUUCUAUGGAAUAUGGCUGCAUUCCGUAAUUUCCUUAAGAUCCAGUCACCUCCAACAGAGAGGUCGUGGGCGAGGCUACAGUCACAAAUUCUUCCAUACAGACAGCAAGCCGAGCAGGUUCUCGAAUACAAAGAAAUGAUGGACGACGCUCCUUUGAGCUACGAGGACGUAGAUGGGCCUUCUCGCGACACAUUGAGAUUGUGGAUGGACUUGAAACGCCAUCGCCAAGUACGGAAGAGGGUCCCUUGCUACUUCCAACCAGAGCAGAGCUUUGUUCUUCGUUUGGCCCAGAAGGAACUGCAGCGGUGCCUGGACUCUGGAAUUGCCGAUGAGGAUCUCCUGCUUCUAACUCUACAUAAUGUCUACGUCGCGUACCAGCAGCUUGAACACCGGCCCAUUGGACUCAAUUAUGACGGAACCAGAGGACCUUACCAGCUCAGCCUGGACGAUGCUCGCAUGAUUGUCGAAGAUGUCAUCGAGGCCAAGAUUGAUCCCACAUCACAACGAGGCUCGAUGGUGUUUUCCCAGCUCCGUUGCCGAGGAUGCCGCCGAAGAGACUUCACCAAAACAUGGUCGUUUACUGAUGCGUUCGAACAUAUCCUCAAUACGCACGCAAUGCUGGUUGGUGAGGGGAUUGAGUUCUGGAGGUUCGCAGUACCCUUUAUCCGUGAGCAAGCAGAUUGGAGGCCAACACCUGACGAAGUCAACGCGGCCAAAUCUAUUGAUCGCUUCCCCUGGUAUUCACUGCCCUGGCCCGAAUGCCUGCCUCUGGUUCCAGUGCACCGGGAACCCUGGAAACUUGACAAGUGGCAGCCAUCAACAUCAGAGACCUACAUUGAGCUUGAGAAACCGCCAACUAUCUCGGCAUUUCAAGGACGCGCACCGGCGUCUAAUUCAUUCGCCAAGACCGAUUUCGUUGGGAACAUUCGCUUCGCUGCACAAGUGCUCAAUGGUGCACGGCUGAAUGACGAGUGUCAGAUGAAAAUUGCUUUGACCUAUGCUAUGGAGCGUUGGAAACUCAUUUUAUGGACCAAACCGCCACUGGAUUUGUUCUCCUCAAGCAUGGCGGCUAUUCAAGAAGUCAAUCCAACAAUCAGCCUACAAUUCCGCUGCGGUAUCUGUGUCAAAGAGGGCGUCGUCAAUCAGAACGCUCGACAGGUCAAAUACCGCAUUGCGGCUGAUGAUCUCCUGGCACACUGGCGGACCAAGCAUCAAGAUCAACUCGACUGGACCGAGGCUAUCAAUCUGCCGUCCGACAACGAAGUCGAGAGGAUACUGGAUAAGGCGGACACGAAAUUGCAACAGGAGAAAGAUGCCGCUCACCAGAGGAAAGCGAGAAUGGAUGAGGACAUUCGGAAACGACCAAAGCUGAAGAAUAAUGUGGUCAUUAAUUCUCGCCUGGCUAGAGACGUGUUCGAUGAGCUCUUUCCGCGUACCGGUUAG